AUGGAGUCUGCGACGGACGAGUUCAUUUAUCAUUCGAAAGUUCCAACGGAGCCACCUGCACUGCCGGCGCAAGUCGUCGAAGUGAACGGCCACAAGUACAUUCUCCGAAAUCACUUCAAACACAUCAGAAUUAGUAAGUCUUGCGCCGGUGAUUACCAAACGACCUCGAAACAUUGAACGUUGUUAUUUAUGCGGAGUAUGGUCAGCUGCCGCGCGUUUUUUGCGUCUGUGAAUGAAUAGGACAGAAGGGGAAAACUUACGCAUGCUUGUCUCUUGUUUUGUCGUCAGUCUCAACACGCGUGUGCUGUAGGAAGCUGCCAGAUGUUGAAAGGUUCGUCGGUUAAACUUUUGGUGUUUAUUUAUUUUUUGAAGGUUUUCGGAUUCUUCUAAAAUUCUCACCGGAAUUUCUGUUUUAGGAGUGUCUGUUUUCUUUCUAAUCUAAUCUAACCGGAGAGAUGAAAAAAUGUCAGACAUGUUGCGGGUUUUAUUAUGAGUUCGGCCAAUUUUCGAUCUGAAAAAUGAAAUCUUUUUAAUUUUCAACGUAGACCGGAGUUAGUCCCCCUACAUACAUGUCUAAACUGACCGGAAUGAUUCAUGCUUUUGGAAUUGCUAAGUGACUCACAAACAGUAUCCGUGUGCAAGAAAAUUUUUGUUAGAUAACAAUACUUAUUCAACUCACAUAGUGCUCUAUUUGACUGUUCCUGUUUUUAUUUUUUAGUCUUCGUAUUUUCACCCUCACUCCCCCACUCUCAAACGAUACUGGCAGGCAAAUGUCAACAUGGAGACAAUCAGAAAACGAAACGGCACAAACUUGAAGGCGGUUUUCGGUUUUGUUUCACACUCUCUCUCCCACACACCCGCCGCCUGGCGCCGGGUAAUGUACAUAAUCACAAGGCGAAGCACAUACCAAAGUCGGGCGCUUAUCACUUGCACAACGUUUUUGAGAGACCCCCCCCCCCCCUCUCUCCGCAGUAUGAACUGUACGCUCAAUUCUCAUGCACGCACACAUGUCAUUACGCAAUUGUACUAAGGUCUGAAUGGGUUUUAGGUGACAUGUUUGGUUGCCAAUUCACUUGAAACUUGUAUCCUCGAAUUCUGUUCCGCAUUCAGUUAAUAUCCGUUUUUGGGAGGUGAAACAUGAAUGUCCCGGAAUGAUAACUUGUAAUCGCUUCGAGUGAGAGGUGACUUGGCAAACAAACUCUGUUUUAUGGCAUUUUCCACUGAAAUUCUGACGUUUCCUCUCGCUUACUUUUUAGCAAUUUCUGUCAAUUCAUUUAGAUGUUCAGAGAGAAAAUCACAAAAAUGCCAAAAAUUUCGCACCUUCUUAAAACCCGCGUGUUAUCUUUCUUUGAGGAGGGCUCUAAAAACGUAUUGAAAUGUUUCGCCGCACAAAAUUCCUCGCAACUUUGAUUGAUUUCAGUGUCCCAUCGGUUGCCACCAAUCAUUCCGAUGUCGGUCGACGAACAAGUGGUACCACCGGAAAUUUCGCCUUCGAUGGCAGCUAACAUUCCACAAUUGGUCCACGAUCAACUUGCCACUCAAUUUUUGCCAGGUAUUCCUCUGGCUUCGGAACUAGUGUCAGUUAAAAUCUGAUUUCAGCGGCAAAAAAUAUGGGGCAAGCCGGAAUGCAUCUGCUCAAGUCUUACUACGGUUAGUUUCUCCCGAAAUUCCUAUUCCUAGUUGUACUAAUAGUAAACUUUCAGUUUUCCAAGAAGCAUUGUCGACGUAUUGUGACGCCACUCACAAGCUGAUCAAGUCGGCGGACUCCGCGGGACACAAGUCGAAGAAUGAGGCUCGAGAACUUUCCAAAAUUUUCAAACUGUUCGUUCAAGGAGUCAAUGCGCAUCAGAAAAUCGUUAGUUUAAUAAGUGUAUUUCGGUUAUUGGGACUGCUGGAAUUUCAGAUUACGGAGUUUGAUGCGUUGGCUCAUAAAGUCCAUGACUACAGCAACAAGGAUAAGGAGAAGCUGAAGGCGGAGUUUGCAGAGUUUAAGAAGGAGGAGAAGAAGAUUCAGAAGCGGAAAGGAGGAGAAACCGAGAAGGACGUCGCCGCAUUCUACCGGAAAGCUGCGGCCGACUGGUCAAGACAGCAGGAGCUGAGAUACAAGUUCUUCAAUGACAAGAUUCACGCGUGGAUCCAGGGGUAAGUCUGGUUUGGCCACUCAUCAAUGACAAUGUGUACAGGUACAUUGACAUCGGGAAACUGUUCCCGAUGGAGCAAGUGACCCAGGCUGUGGUUGGCGGAGUUGUCGCUGUUGUUGUGGAGAAGGAAGAAACCUCCGAACAGGAAACUCAUGACCACGCACAUUGGCACGAGGAACUUCAUGAGCACGCGGCUGUAAUUGUUGCGGAUGAAGGCAAAAAUAAGCCGGCACAUGUGACUGUGAGUUGAUCCGCAUGUUCUUUGAAACGCACAAUUUCACAGGUUGUUGAUCCGGAAACUACGGAAACACGUAGCGACUCCACUUCUUCCGUGGCCACCACUCUCGAGGAUCUUCCAUCGGCUCGUCGCUACACGAAUGAGGCUACUGGAAUUACUCUUGUCAGCAAGAACCGUCGUACUUCGAUCGAGGCUAGUUGGAUCCCCCUAAUUCUUGCUCUCAAACACCAAAGCCUUCAGAUCGCUCAGGUACCACCACUUCCGCCGCAGUCCGUGGACCGCACUCUAUCUGCUUCUAAAACUAUUGUGGAUGAGCAGGACAGACACCAUGUCCCACCUCGUCCAAUUCCCGCGGCACGUCAUGAUGACACCAGUUACACCUCUCGUCAACAACAGAUUGUUGUCGCCAGUGUGAGUGAAAGUGUGAUAAUCAGCAUUUCGCAUCGCAUUUUAUGAAUCAUGCCAUACGCCUUCCAGCAAAUGCCCGAACAACCCAAUAGCAGUGCUCCGGGCGGGGUCCGUCGUGCCGGAAACACUAUUCCAGGAGCUGUCAACGUGUUUGGUUUUGCGAAUCAGUCGGACCCGCAGCCAAAUGUGCGCUACACUCCCAUUGUUCAGGUUUGGCUUUUUUUUUGGAAAAUAAUCCGAGAAUUUGUUUCAGAAUGGAGGAGGCUCUUAUCAAGUGGUCACGUCGGAUCACAUUCGCGUCGGAAGAGUCGUUGACAAUCCGAUCACUGAAGAGCAGAUGAAUGCUAAGAAGUAUAAACGCCUAGAGAAUAGGGGCUUUCGCAAUUGGCCCGUUUCAGAUUCCACGUGGAUUCGAACUACCUCCCAAUGACGGCUCCAUCCCAUCAGAGUCAAAGACACAGUCAUCAGGAGAGCUUUGACAUCUCCGUGCCGUCCUAUUUCAAUCCAUCCCAGUACGGCAGCAUUCUGAUAGUUAAUGAUGACUUCAACGCAUCUUCCGGAGAGCAAAUGACUGUGAACCGCGGUGAUAAGGUAGCUUUUUAUUUGGAGAAAGUAGUAAACAGUGUUUUAUAGGUAAUCCUUCUGAAAUGCGGCUCCCGUGGAUGGGUGUUUGUGAGAGACUCGAUUUCCAACAGAACCGGAUGGGUUCCAGAGCCAUAUGUCCAUCUGUAA